ACAUGUUUUCAAUGUCACACUUUCGAUUAUCCAGUUCUGCACGAUGAAUUCGUUGACUUUGCUGGACAGAACACUGUCGACCCAGCAUUACUACUGAAUGUGACUGGUACCUGCGAAGAUUGAUUUUGGCUAAUCGGUGAAUUUUUGAUCAUGACAACAAAUCGGAUGCUAUCCACAAUACUUCCCUUCAUGGAAAAACUUCCUACUGAAAUGCAACCUGGGUAUUGCAUUCGAAUUAAAGGAGUCGUUAAUCGACCGAAUGGUGACUGUCGAAUUCAAUUGCAAUCAGGAGAGUCUUUGAAUUCAAAUGAUGAUAUUGUUAUGCAUUUGAAUAUUCUACCGGUAACCAGAGAAAUUCUUCACAACACUUGCUGCGGAGGAAAGUGGGGACAAGAAGAACGCUCAUCAAACAGUCCCAUCAAUUUCAAUGAAGUAUUUGAACUUUCCAUUUCUGCUGAAGUAACAGGAUUCGAUAUCGCCAUCAAUGACAGCACCUUUGCCAAAUUUGAAUACCGAUGCCCAGUGCAAAUGGCUCGUUAUAUUUUUAUUAACGGUGGAUGUCUGUUAAGUUCCGUGAAAUACAAAAACUGGAGUUCGGUUCCCAAAGUGAUCAGUGUGCUACCAAGUGCACCAGUGUAUAAUCCACCGGCUUCAGCGCAUUCUCCACUCGUGGCAUUCCACUUUCCGACAUGGCCACACAAUAAUCAACAAUAUUUUACCACAAUGCCUACAGUAUUCCAGCAGGCUGGGCAAUCUUCAAUUUUCAAUCAUUCAAUGAUAAUCCCGCCACCUAUGCUAAUGAAUCUACCAGGAAUUAUGCAUAAAAAUCUCGAUAGUGGAAGUACGAUGCAGUAUAAGAUUCUGGUUGCUGUGCUUUGGAAAAUCUGUUGCAUCCUGUUUAAAGCUCUAAAAUUGAUUGCACUUGCAAUGGCGGGAGGUUUCGGAAUAUAUUUACUGUCGAAGCGAUUACGCUUAUAGUUCAUGAAACCAAUUCGGAUGUCUAGAGAUACAACGAGUAUUAUGCAUUCUAGUUGUUAUUAAUGAGCCCCUUGACUUUAGGUUCACAAUAUAUUUAAAACAACACAAUAAAUAAAUAAAUAAACUGGAUGUUUUCACUAUCAUAUUCAUUCUUCAUGAAUCUCGAACGAUCGAGACUGGUCGAUAAUGUUGUUGCAGGUCACAAUCAUAUUACGCCUUUUGAUGGAGAACCCAGGGAACAAUAAAGAUCGAUAACUCUGGAGGGAAGCGACUCGACUACGGUCAGAAUUAGUUAUAUGAGUCUUCGACAAAGCUCAUGCCAUGGUCAUCUCUUCAAUAGUUUUUUAGGCGAAUGACAUUGACAGUUGUCUUGUCACUUCAUGCACGCUGAGACUGCUGGCGGAUGUUGGUGUGCCCCAGUAAUUAUUUCAGUUCUGAAACAAAGUGAACAUUUCAAACAAUUUUAAAACUUCCAGCUCAAAAUUAAUCGACUAAAUAACCAUUGUUUCAGCUAUGUGGACUAGCCAUCAGAAGGUUUAUGAAACAACUUAAGGGUAAAUAUAUAAAUAUGGGUUAAAUUUCAUAA